AUGCUUGCCGUUCGUGCCACCGCCCCUAGGGCCCUUGCCCGCACCGCGCGCUGCCUCGCCUCGACCGCCGCGCCGGCGCUCGCCCGCAGCGCCCUCGCCGGCUCUGCCCGCACUCAGUCUCCCCGCCUCGCACUCCCUGCCCUCGCCCGCUCCUUCCAUGCCUCGCCCCUCUCUCUCGACGAGAUCGUCAAGGUCCCGUCCAUGGCAGAGUCCAUCACCGAGGGCACCCUCAAGCAGUGGCUCAAGCAGAAGGGCGACUACGUCGAGGCCGACGAGGAGGUUGCCACCAUCGAGACGGACAAGAUCGACGUUGCCGUCAACGCGCCCAGGGCAGGAACCCUGACCGAGCUCCUCGCCAACGAGGAGGACACGGUCACGGUUGGCCAGGACCUGUUCAAGCUCGAGGCUGGCGGCUCCAAGCCUGAAGCCAAGGAGGAGCCCAAGAAGGACGACUCGCCCGAGAAGGACCAGGCGACCUCGGCCAAGGAGGAGCCCAAGAAGGACGAGUCGUCGUCGUCGGCGCCCAAGGAGCAGCCCAAGAAGGAGGAGGCCAACCCGGAGCCCAAGUCCGAGUACCGCAAGCCCGACUCGGCCACCCCGGCGCCCAAGGUCCCCGAGCAGGCCAAGAAGCAGGAGGGCAAGACGGCGCCCGAGUCGCCCCCCAAGCAGGGCUCGCGCAACGAGACUCGCGUCAAGAUGUCGCGCAUGCGCUCGCGCAUCGCCGAGCGCCUCAAGGAGGCGCAGAACACGGCCGCGUCCCUGACGACCUUUAACGAGAUCGACAUGUCGGCCCUCAUGGCGUUCCGGUCCAAGUACAAGGACCAGGUCCUCAAGGACCACGGCGUCAAGCUCGGCUUCAUGUCUGCGUUCGUCAAGGCCUCGUCGGUCGCGCUGCGCGAGCUGCCGGCCGUCAACGCGUCGAUCGACGGCUCGGACCUCGUGUACCACGACUACGCCGACAUCUCGGUCGCCGUCUCGACGCCCAAGGGCCUCGUCACGCCCGUCCUCCGCAACGCCGAGGGCUUCAACUUUGUCGAGAUCGAGCGCGAGAUUGCCGCGCUCGGCAAGAAGGCGCGCGACGGCAAGCUCACCCUCGAGGACAUGAACGGCGGCACCUUUACCAUCUCGAACGGCGGCGUCUUUGGCAGCCUCAUGGGCACCCCGAUCCUCAACACGCCCCAAGCGGCCGUCCUCGGCAUGCACGCCAUCAACCAGCGCCCGUGGGUCGACUCGGAUGGCAAGAUUGUCGUGCGCCCCAUCAUGACGGUCGCGCUCACGUACGACCACCGCAUCAUCGACGGUCGCGAGGCUGUCACCUUCCUCGUCCUCGUCAAGAAGCUCAUUGAGGACCCGGCCCUCCUCAACCUCUACAACUAA